AAAUUUUUAUUUUGGAAAACCUGAUGUUCCCUGUGCACAUCAGACAAUGUAACUGUGCAGCAGCCGUUUUGCAUGCCACUUCAUUUGCAUUACAGAAUUAGGCUAUAUUUUGUUACUGCAAGUGCUCUGACACCAUCAAAGUGGAACAUCAUAUUCUUUGACUGAGCAUUUAUCAUUAUCACCUGCUCAGUACAAAACAUUCAGCUCCUCUGCCAGCAGCAUGGAACAGCUCAACUCCACUGUGGUCACUUCUAACAUCUCCUCCUCUCCCGGACUUCCACCUCCCGUCUCCUGGGACUCCAGCAAACUGGUUCCUGCGGUGGUGCUCUCCCUCUGCUUCCUGCUGGGAGUCCCUGGAAAUGUUUCCGUGAUCAUCCGCAGACCGAACUGGCAGCACUUGUCCAGACUGACCCAGAUUUUGAUGCUGAAUCUGGCUAUGUCAGACAUACUCAGCCUACUGCCACUGCCGCUGUGGAUUUACAGUUUCAUCUACAGCUGGAUCUUCGGUCUGGUGGCCUGUAAGCUUGUGACGUAUCUCGAGUACUGCAGCCUUUACUGCAGCCUGCUGACCGUGACGGUGCUGAGCGUCCAGCGUUACCUGCAGGUGGUGCACCUGCAGGUGGUGUCCCUGCAGAGGUGCUUACAUCAGGUAGGAAAGUGGCUGCUGGUUGUGCUCUGGCUGGUUGCAAUGGCCCUGUCAACCCAUGCGUUAGUAGUUCGACAGAUAACCACAGACCAACACCGGACACUCUGCCAAUCUCAGUACUCUUCCCGGCCCCAGCAGAUGGCCGUGCUGCUGUCUGAGUCCCUGGUGGGGUGUGUUUCAUGUUGCAUCCUGGCAUUUUCAUACAUUUGCCUCCACAGAAAUGUGAAGCAGACAGCUUUUUUCAACAACCCACAGACGACCAGACUGCUCACCAGUAUCAUAGUGGCCUUUUUUGUCUUAUGGAUGCCAAAUUUUAUCAUAAAUUUGCUGUGCGUUGCUGCUAUUUCUCUCAAAAACGAGGACCUGUUUAAUUUUUGUCUGGAAAGCUGGAACAUUGUUUUGACGCUGCCAUUUCUGAAUAGCUGUCUGAACCCACUCCUGUAUGCAUUUGCUUCUCGCAACAUGUGCUCUGCGUGCCAAAAAAAUUGAACAUAAAUACUAUAAUACAGAAGCUCACCAGUUUCAGGAAAUCUGUCUCAUCUCUUGACAAAUAUAAUCGAAAGCCAACAGACAUCAGUACAGAUGUAGAACCAUGCAAAUGUUAACGAUUGAAAGAUGUUAUUUUUGCUCUUGUGGAACCAAAAAAAGAUGUUUUCAGCCAAAAGAUCUCAUCUCCCUUGCUGAUAGACAGUUUCAGGGUGUGAUACUCCCUAUUUGUCAGAGAGAGCUGCAGAUGAUUUGUGGUUAAAUGAAGAAUUUUGAGGUUAAGCAACAUCCCCCUUCAAAUCAACUCUGCACUGAUUACAACUGGUCCUCAGCCAGAACUGUAGAAGUAGAGGUUUCUCAUAAAUGAAACCAACAGAGUCAAAAGAUCAAUGUGGAAAUUACUAAUUCUACUGAAUUUACAACACAAAACUGAUUUCUUGUGUAUUUUGAAUUGCAGUUUGACAGUAUAUAAAAUUAGCUGUCAUUUGUCUGUAUUGGCCUGGAUGUGUGUGGUUAGAUUGUCCAGCACUGUGAAAUAAAAGUUGUUGACACUGUCUAUCUAAGUAUUUUAGGUUUUAUGGGAGAGAUCUGGUCAGAGGAAACAACAAUUAAUGAAAGGACUGAAUAAAUGUUUGUGUUGGAGUUCAUCCAAUGAGAGGAAUGAUCAUUUGUCUCCAUUGUUUAGCAACAGACAGAUGAAGAGGGAUAAAGGGAGAUGGAUUCCUGUGCUGAUACACAAGCAGACAUGUAAACUCAUUCAUUCAUCCAUUCAUUCUUUCUUUUGUCAAGGACCAGUAGAAUGUAAACAGAUUUUCAGGCAGACUAUUCCAGCUCUUACACUGUAUGAUGAAGAUUGUUCAUAUUUUUGUCUACAAUAAACUGUUUAACACA